AUGUCCGUCUCAGCAGCCUCGAUCCCCGAUACCUCGCUUGGCCUCACCUCCUCCGAGAUCCAGAUCCUCCGACAACAGCAGCAGAUUGCCCUGCAGGGCGGCCAUGCCGGCAAUGGGGUUCCCAGGGGCAGGGGAACGGGGAGAACCAGCAACUCCAGUUCACGCGCCACCAGCGCCGCCAGCAGUCAGGGCCGCUUGCUGCUGGAUCCCAUGAGUUUGCGCGCCCUGUCGCACCAGCUCGAUGGCCUGCAGGCUCAGAUUCGCGGCCGCAUCGAAUAUCUAGAGGAUCAGAUGCAAGCCUCCAUCCAGAACAGCUACGAUCGCGCCGGGAAUGUCAUUCGUAACGCCGAUGCCGAAAUCGCCCGCACCCGCUCCAUCCUCGCCGCCAUCGACGACCUAGAUAACGAGUUGGCCAAGAUCUCCCACAUUCGGGAUAUCGUCAAGUCUUUUCGGGGUCGUAUCGAGACUAUUGAUCAUCGUAUGGAUCAAAGCUCGCGGCGGCGACGCUGA